GGAGUAAUGUUGCCUUUGGUUUUCUAGGUUAAAACUCGCAUAAACUCGAAAAGCUUUGCAUACGAAACCUGUGUUUUAUAUUUCAAGUUUUAUAGAUUGCUCCUUCAGGUGAUCAGACAAAUAAUCCAUAUUAAUUCUGAGUAAAAAUGUUUGAAGACAGCGAGGACGAUUACGACUCAGAGGAAGAUGCUGUUAUACGGAAACAGCUAAGAAAAGGACGUGAACCAGAUGACUCAGAUAGUGAGGUAGGAGUGUUGGGGGUAGGCUCAGACCAUGACUCAGAUGAGCAAAGUGAUAUUGCCGUGAGUGAUGUUGAAGGCCAAGAUGACGACGACGAUCUGCCAGAUGCACGCGCUUGGGGCAAGGAGAAAAAGAAGUAUUAUGGGGCUGAUUAUGUGGACCCUGAUUAUGGGGGAUUUCAAGGCAAAGAUGCCCAUGCUGCUGAGGUGGAGCAAGAGGAAGCUCAAGAGUUGCAGAACCAGCUGAUGGCGCAGCUGGAUGUCAAUCUUCUAGAAGUGAGCGAUAUGUUUAAGAAUCUAGAGCCGGAUGGCAAUGAGCAAGUAGAGGAAUUGCUGAAGAUAGACUUGUCCAAGCUGACUGCUAAGCAAAAGUUGCAACGGCUGAAGAAAGAGUCACCCGAGUUUUUCGUGAUUGUAGAGGAUCUUAAAGUAAAAAUGAACAUUGCCAAGGAGUAUUUGCAGCCAAUUGUGCAGAGGGUCCAAAAGAAUGCCAUUCCACAGUGCAAAGCUACUGAAUUCGUUCAAACUUACUACCGAACCGUCUUGAAUUAUGCCACCAACAUAUACAUGUAUUUGUUGCUGAAAUGUAACAACAGAUUAAAAAAUCAUCCAAUUACUCAGCGUCUAUAUCAAUAUAGGCAGCUGUUGAGUAAGAUCGAGCCCGUAUUUGAAGAAAUUAUAAAGCCCCAAAUUGAUUUACUAAUGGACCAAGAAGCCCUUGAAGAUGGAAUGAAGGCCAAGGAAGAAAAAGUUAAAUCCAAGAAAAUGAGGACCUUGAAACUACUGUCUACAUUGCAAACAGCUAGGAAGAGAGUGGCUGAUGACGAACAGCAACCUAGUAAAAAGUCUAAGUUUAACAAUGAGGAAACGAGCGGGAAAAAGGUCAGCUUUCAAACGGAAGAUUCAGAAUCAGAUGGGGAAAUGGCUGAAGAGGGCACAGAACCAGUUGAGAAUAAUGAAGAAUCUACUAAACGUGCUAUUACAUACCAAAUUGCUAAGAACAAAGGGCUAACACCAUAUAGGAAGAAGGAACUAAGGAAUCCAAGAGUGAAGCACAAGAUGAAGUUCAGAAAAGCACUGAUUCGUAGAAAGGGCGCUGUCAGAGAACCAAGACGGGAAUUGACCAGAUAUGCUGGCGAAAUAUCUGGAAUUAAAGCUUAUCUUUCAAAAAGCAUCAAAAUUAAGUCUUGAAGGAAAAGUGUGUAGGUAUGUUAUAAAUAAAGGUUUAUUUACAAAGAG